AUCUUGGUGCUGCUUCCCUGGAGUCCGAGGGGUGCAGACUCCCUGAGGACUUUGAGCCAAGCUCUAGGGCUUGUUCAGGAGCUGGAGAAUGCCCAAAGCCAAGGCGGCUUCCCCUUCCAAGGCCGGACCCCACUUUGGUCAAGCUUAUUCUGCGUUGCCGAUGCCUUUAAGCAUAGCAUUCAGAUGGGAGAGAAUAGCGUAGAGGGGAGGGUGCCAGGGAGGGGAGGGUGGCAGCCACAGUCCUGUCACAGGUCUAUUCAUAAAUCCAUGGGCUGCGUCCCUGUCUCCUUGAGGGCUCCCCACCCAGGAAGCCGCUUGUCUCGUCAGACCCGUCUUGGCUCUGGGAGGGUUGGGAAGCCGGACUUACCUCUGGCUUUUUGCCUUUGACAAUAUGGCCACCCAGGGUCCUCGGGCUCUCCAGCAGCUGCUACUACUAUUUCUGGUUUCAGGCGCCGGAACGUCACCUCCUGCAGCUCUUGGCAGAAUGUCACCUUCCGUGCCCCCUCUUGGUCAAGGACAGCCCAUCUCCCGUCUUAGCGCAGCCCCCAGCAUGAGAGUCUCCUCUCCCAGCGCCUUUCGUGGGAGUGAAAAAGUCGUUCCGAGUGAGAUAGCCGCGCCCCCCGCGGGGAGCACCCCCUCUCCUGGCGCUCCGACAGUUCAGGACUUGAGAGUCCCUCCCGGAGGGCCCAGCCCGCGGCUUGCUGGGGAUCCCUUGUCGGUGCUCGUGGGUUCUCCCAUCUCCUUACGAUUAAUCCCGGCUCCAGCCCUGGGCCCACCCAGUCCGCUGGUAAUUUGGCGUCGGGGACCCACGGUGCUGGCCGCUGGGACUUUGGGGAGCGCAGCCGCCCCGCCCGGCCUGGCCCAGGGCUACCGGGCCCGGCUCAGCUUUGACCAGGUCUCGGGGACUCUGGAGCUGGAGUCGGCAGAACCGGCAGACAGCGGGCGCUACACCGCGGAGGUGAUUCACGCGGGGCGCGAGCGGGAGCUCCAGGAGGUCACGGUCCGCGUCUAUGAGCCCGUGCCACAGUUAGCGGUGGCCCCCGCGGACCCAGUGCUGGAGGAGGGGGCGUCGGAGCUGCGGCUGCGCUGUGUGGGGGCCGGGCCGGGCCAGGGCCGACUCAGCUGGAGUCGGGGAGGGCGGCCCCUGGAAGCGCCAAGCGGAGACGGUGAGGGUCCCGCUCGCCUGAGGAUCGAAGGAGUCGACCUGGUCAUCGCACGUCUAAAGCGCACAGAUCAGGCCAACUACACGUGCCGCAUUCAGAGCCCCUUCGGGGCCAGCGAAGCCACGGCAGCUGUCACCGUCCUGUACGGCCCCGAUCCCCCGGUGAUCACCGUCUCCUCCGACCGCGACGCAAGCCCAGCCCGCUACGUCUCGGUGGGCAGCAACGUGACUCUGCGCUGCGCUGCCGCUUCCAGACCCCCCGCCGAGCUGUCCUGGAGCCUGGCCGACCCACGAGAGGCCGCCGUGCCCGCGGGGCCGCGCCUCCUCUUGCCCGGCGUGGGGCCGGCCCACGCAGGAGCCUAUGCCUGCCUCGCGGCCAAUCCACGCACAGGACUCCGGCGCCGCGGGCUGCUCAACCUCACCGUGGCCGCCCCGCCCCCCGGCUCCCCGCGCUGCUCCCUGCAAGGCUCCCCGGCUAACCGGGCUCUGCUCUUGGCCUGCGCGUGGCCAGGAGGCGUCCCCGGAGCCUCGGUGCAGUGGAGCGGGCUGCCUCCGGACGUCCCCGCGAGCCCCGAGCUCUCCUCGACGCUCGUCUCGGUUCCCGUGCGGCCACAGCUCAGCGGAGUCACCUUCACGUGCCUCGGGCGUCACCUAGCGGCCGCGAGAAGCUGUAGCAUCACCCUUAAGGCCCCCCAGGAAGUGCUGCUGAGGCUGGAGACCGGGGCGUCCGGGCCCGAGGCGCCCGCGGUGGCCCUGGAGGCCACAGGCUGCCCCCCGCCGGCCAGGCUGGCCUGGGCGCGAGAGGGCCGGCCGCUGGCCCCCGGGGGCGGGGGUCGCCUGAAGCUGAGUCCCGACGGCCACAGGCUUCUCUUCGGCAACUUCAGCUUGGAGCAUGACGUGGGCAACUACUCUGUGCUCUGCAGCGGGCCCCUUGGGGCUGCCGGGGACCGCAUCACGCUCAUCGGGCCCUCCGUCUCCUCUUGGCGCCUGCAGCCUGCUGAUGGGGCGGCCGUCUUGACGUGGGACGUGGAACGUGGGUGUGUGGUCAGCGGCUUCGAGGUCCAGGCGCGGACAGAGAAACCGGAACCAGGGGCCACGGGCCUGACCGGAGGGGCCUGGACGUCCUUGCUGCUCCUGGGGCCCGGGGAACGCUCUGCUGUGGUGCUGCUGCCCUCCCAGCCCCCGGGGCCCUGGAGACUGCGAGUCCUGCCCACUCUGGGCGGCCAGCCUGGGACCCCUUCGUCCAGCCGGAGCUAUCGAGCUGGUCCCGUCCUGGGCCCUGGGGCCAUUGCCGGCAUAGUGCUGGGCUCCCUGCUGGGCUCGGCUCUCCUUGCGGCGCUGCUGGUCCUGCUUGGAUGCUGCGCCUGUCGCCUCUGGGGAAGCAGAAAGAAGAAGCCGCUGAUCUCCCCCCCAGCAUCUUCCACCCCAGAGAAGACCCGGAGCGUAACCUCUGUGGGUGCCCUGCACCCUUCCCCCCAAGGUUUCGCCACAGAACCCAGUCCAUCCUGGGCUUGUCCAGUGGUGGCCCCCAGCCAGGCCGCCUCCGCCAGCCCCAAGGGAGUCCCCCGAACAGUGCGGUCGGCCACACAGGUGUGAACGAGAGCGGCCGGCGGGGGCCCUGAGAACACGAAGCUGCCCGGGGGCUCACCCCAGCAGAACACGAAGGACCGUAGCCUUGCACAGAGCUCAGCACGCUGAUUUGCACAAUGGCAGCCCGGGGUCUCAAGUAUCCCAAGAGGGAGACUGCCCAUCCUUUCCCACCUGGAGAAUGGAGCUUAGAAAUCGGCCAGGGAAGACUUCCUCUCGGGCAGUGCACGUUCUAGGGCAAGCGAAGGACUGGUUGCCCGUGGGGGGCGGGGGGGAACUUUCUGAUCCGGGGUGGUGGAGGGCAGGACGUCCCACACAGCUGCUUGUGAGUCGGUGGCUAUUUAUGUGUGAGAGGGAACCUUGGUGGACAGCAGCGAGGAAUAAAACAGCUGUGUGGACCUCUGGAUGUGUGUGGGAAAAGUCGGGGACAAGGAUAUUGGGAUUCCCAUCCAAGAGCAAGGGUGGGAGGCCAGAAGCCAAGGUCUCUGGGAAAGAGUGCCCCAGAACAGGCUUGCUACAGGCG